AUGACAUCCAUUCGUAAACUUUGUCGUCUUCCACCUAAUUUGGCUUUAAAGCCAGAACAACUUUCAAGUUUAACCUCGUUUCCUCAUAACCCUAUACGCACCACAAGAGAUUUGUUAGUUCGAAGUGAACUAGAGUUGAUACAAUGUUGCAACUUGGAAUCCGAAGUUGUUGAAAGCAUUAUGAAGAAAUGCGCAAAGUGGAUAGCCCCAAAAAAUAAAACGGCAUUAGAAUUAUUGAAAGCUAGUAAAGAAAAAGGAAAAGAAGCUUUUUUGUCAACCUCAUUACCAAGUUUAGAUCAAGCUUUAGGUGGAGGUAUACAUUGUUCCUCAUUAACAGAAUUAGUAGGUCCAGCUAAUUCAGGUAAAACACAAUUCUGCCUUACAUUAUCUAUUCUUGCCACAAUGCCCACUAGUAUGAAUGGUCUUGAUGGAGGAGUUUGUUAUAUAGAUACUCAAGGAGCAUUUAGUGGCGAAAGAUUGGUUCAAAUUGCACAGAAUAAAUUUCCUCAAAUAUUUGAUAUUGAAAAUAUUCAAUGGGAGAUUAAUUUAAAAAAAAUGACAGAUUCAAUUCAUGUGAUAAGAAUUAAAUCUUCCAAUGAAUUAAAGAAUAGAUUAGAAAAUCUUCAAGAAUUUAUUAUAGAGAAUAAUAUUCGAUUAUUGAUAAUUGAUUCUUUUGGAGCACUGAUAAGAACAGAAUCUCUUACUCAAAAUAUGAAUCUCUUUAAUGAUCAAACAAAGACAUUAGUUGCAAGAAGUCAUUUAGUAGUCAAAUUGGCAACAAUUCUCAAAUUUCUAUCUGAGUCAUUUAAUAUGGCAACGGUAGUCACCAAUCACAUAAUAACAGUUUAUCAACAAACAAAGACUGUGUAUGAAUCAAGUGGUAUUAAUGAUGUUAAUCUUAUUAAUGUUAAUAAUCGCUGGAAUGAACCAGAAACAUUUGUAAAAGCAGCUCUAGGAAAUACAUGGGCACAUUCAGUUAACACCCGAUUAUGGAUAGAUCUUUGUAAAUAUCAUCCAGUUAUUUUACGAGUAAAUCCAUCCAUUCCCAAAAAUGUUCGAAAAAUUAUUAUCAAAAAAUCACCGAUUGGACCAAAUAAAGCAUUUUAUUUUAUGAUGGAAGUAAAAGGAAUGGUGGAAUAUAAGUUAUCCAAAGAUUUAAAUAAAGAUUUGGGAGAAGAUUUGAAUAAAGAUUUGGGAGAAGAUUUGAAUAAAGAUUUAAGCAAAGAUUUAGGAGAAGAUUUAAAUAAAGAUUUGAACAAAGACUUGAGCAAAGAUUUGGGGAAACAAGGAGCAGAAGAAAUAUACGUCUAUCAAAUCGCGAUGGAAACGUAA